AUGGCGUCCCUUGCGAUGGCCGCAGUGGGAGAGGCCGCAAAGCAGCUGCCUCUCCACGAGGCCAUCUCGGGCAUCUUUGGCAGCAUCAGCAUGGCAGCUUGGAUCUGUGUCAUUCUCCCUCAGAUGAUUGUCAACUACCGAGCGAAGAGCGCCGACGGGCUGAGCAUAUCCUUUCUCGUCGUCUGGAUGAUUGGCGAUGCUACGAACUUGGUCGGCGGGCUCUUCACCCACCUCGCCCCGACAGCUAUCGCGCUGGCCUGGUACUUUUGCGUCGCCGACUUCCUCCUCAUCUCGCAGUGCCUCUACUACAACUCGGUCAACGCCCGCCGCGCUGCUGAGGCGGCAGAGGCCCACGAAGAAGCGCCCCUGCUUGGAGAGCGUCACCGGUCGCAUCGCCGUUCCAUCUCCAGCGAGGACGGCGCCAAGAUUGCGCCGGCCGGCGACGAGCUGAUUGAGCGCUCUUCUUGGUCUUCCAAUGCGGCCUGCCUGCUGGGCGUAUACGUAGUCGGGUUUGCGGGGUGGUAUCUCUCGUACAAGGCUGGAGCGUACAACGAGACGGAUCCGGUCGUGUCUGCGCAGCGGCCGUCGGAGCUGUUGGAAAAGAUUGGCAUGGUGCUGGGGUACUUUAGUGCAGUCUGCUAUCUCUGUGCUCGCAUUCCUCAGAUCAUCAAGAACUAUCGCGAAAAAUCAUGCGAAGGCCUUUCAAUCCUCUUCUUCAUGCUUUCCUUGACCGGUAACCUGACGUACGCCAUCAGCAUCGUGGCGUAUUCCCAGGACAAGAAAUAUAUCAUCAACACCAUUCCCUGGCUGAUCGGAUCGCUUGGCACCGUCGUCGAGGAUGCGACCAUCUUUGUGCAGUUUCGACUAUACGCCAACAACAAGCGACCCGACACUACCCAUGCAUAA